AUGUAUGUUCCAAAAUGGUCUCUUAUUGAAUUAACUUAUUUUGCUGUUACUACAAAUCAUCUUAUUGGUUUUGGCGAUCUUAUGCCUUGUAGUGAUUUAUAUGGAGAAAGUCGAUCUACAUGUACAAUAAUAUUAACAAUUUAUGUGAUCAUUCAAGUACUUGUGGGUAGUAUUCUUAGUCAUAUGUGGUUUAUAUUACCCAGAAAAAGUCAUCAAUUUUUACAUCAACGACGACAUCAUUCCGAUCCUAACGUUAAUAUGAAUAAUAAUAAAAAAUUCUCUAUAGAUAUAAACGAUGAAUUAUUAGCAAAUGUUUUUACAUGA